UAUUGUGUCCGACAUUUUGCGCCAAGUUUCCUGGACGAAAUAUUGUUAUGUUGAAAACUGGCUAUUAUUGCCGAUCAGUAGAAGUUGCAUUCAUGUUACCUUCAAAAUUCAAAAUUGUUGUUAUCUUGCAUUCGUGCACUGCUAGGCAUUAGCUGAUCAGUGUUCGGGCGGUGGAGAUAUCAUAUUUUCAAUUUCGGAGUUUUGUGUACCCCCAAACAACAAAUUUUGUUUGUAGUGAAGAUAGUUUCACGCAGAUGAUAUACAAUGGCGGCUUGUGAAUAUGACUUGGAUACGUCCGGAGGCCUUAUGGAUGAAAUCCAAAAGUUGAUAGCCCCGCCUGUCAGUGAAGAUGCAGCGAGGAAGCAGAGAAGGGGUCCUAAAGAAUUCAAGAAACACGGAAAGGCAAUCAAUCAUGAUUACUGCGACAGUUGUGAAGAAGGUGGCGAUCUGGUUUGCUGUGAUCGGUGCCCUGUAUCCUAUCAUCUCCAGUGCCAUGACCCUCCACUAGAAGAGGAUGACAUACCACCAGGGGAAUGGAUCUGUCACAGAUGUAGAGUUUCUCCAAAGGAGAAGGAUGAUGAUACAUCAUCGACCAAAAGUGGUAGCAGCUCCAAUGGGGGGAAGAAAUACCUUCCCCCUCCAAUCCCCAUCCCAGUCCUGGCUUUGAACCCACUACAUACUCUAGCAGAGGCAGCAAAAGUCCUUAACCCGGUGCAGUUUGAAUUGACCAAAGACUUGGCUUGCACGACACAAAUUCCAGGCUCCUACAAGCGAAAGUGGUGGGGCAGGGACAGAAAUAUGCCAGUAAAAAAGGCAGCACACGAGUUGGACAAUGGGCUUGUACCCCUGCCUGCUAAACUGUGCUUUGUCUGCAACAAGAGUUGUCGUGUUGGUCCCCUGCAGCCAUGUGACUACUGCCCAUGCUUGUACCACUUGGACUGUCUAAAUCCUCCUCUCACCUCUGUACCCACAGACAGAUGGAUGUGUCCAAACCAUGUUGAGAUGGCCACAGAUGACAAGCUGUUGAAAUCAACCCUGCUGACAGAGAGAAUCAAGCUUUGGGAUCACUACAACGACAGAAUCAACCAGCACACAGUCAAAAUGAAUUUUCUCAAAAAAGUUCACAGACGACAUCCACCUUUCAGAUUAAAACAUCGGCAUCCUCAAAGGAAAGCUGCCAGUAUCCCAUCGGCGAUUCAAGAGUUCUACCAGCAGCCGGUGGAGCUGUUGCCCUCCCCUGUCCUCUCUGGUACACAGCCUACAGAGGAGGAUAGUGGUCAGCCAGCCCUAGGCUCCGACGCCUCACUGGAGGACCAGGAACAGUGGUUAAAGUCAGUUGUCAGUCUACAGACCAGUAUAGCUCAAUUUCUGGCAAAGAAGCAGUUAGAACGGAGUUCAGGGGAUGGUUCAAGGGCUUCCGAUACCGCCAAAACAGAAAAACCCACAGCGUCUGUUAUGCCUGUGCAAAAUAGGGACCUUGCAGAUCAGAGUGUUUUAGGCUCAGAGCCAGAAAGAAAUAAACAUAAUAGUGGCAGUUCUUGUGAUCAAACUAUAGGGAAUGGACCUGUACCAGGUAGUGAUUGUGGGGCUAAUAAUGGCUGUGACAAGGCCUCAGUGUCAUUACUUAACUCAACAUGUAGUCCAAUGAAUGGUGAUGUGGAGAUGGGCGAGGUGGAAAAAACCAAAUCUGACUCAAAUUCUUCCACACCUGUGUUAUCACCACAGGGCAGUGUAGUGAAAGUGACUUGGCCUAACUCUGGGAGUGAUAAACAAACUGUGACAGGUAGCAGCACACAAAGUGGCAACAGAAACAUAGUUAUUAGUACGGUAAACAAAACAAACAAUGUGUAUACUCGGGUUGUGCCGGGCAAGUUGGCAGCUCAGACUUCCAUACUUUCCCCACGGACGGGGAGUCAGGGGGGUAAAACUGGGAACUCAGUGUUGCGACCUAACCUUACACCAGGCAGCUCUACUACAACUAAAGUGAUCACAGUCAGUCAGGCACCAACAGCAUCAAAAAUUGCAAUAUCUCAGAGUAAAAGUAAUCAGCCAUCGAGUCUGACUUCAGGGAACCAGACAUCGUCAGCCAUCAUUUCCCUCAAUAACACCCUGCAGCAGUGUCUAGAGGGAACUGCAGACCUGGAGUUAAGUAAGCUGGACGACAAGUUGAUACAAAUCCUGGCCUGGCAGCGACUCCAGCAGCUUAUGCCUGGGAAGCCAGGGGUUGACACCAAAGGCAAAAAUGCGGGCUCAAUCAAUGGGCUUUUAACCAAUCCAGGUUUGCAGGAGGUUCAGGCGCGGGCAGUACUAUGUCCAUUGUCGGGGCGAGGAGAUGCUAUCCCUAUGCCCUAUAGAACACUCUCCAUAGGCACAGGGGCUGAUAUGGAUGUGUGUUUGGGCCAGUAUGGACAGUGCAAUUUCAUCUCGGCAAAACAUGCUUUGAUAUUCUAUGAUGAGACAAGCAAGCACUAUGAGCUGUUAAACUACAGUGAACAUGGAACAACCGUGGACAAUGUCCUGUACUCGUGUGAUUUCUCUGACAAGCCGGCCACAACACCCCAGCCCUCUGCGGUGGUAGCGGCAGUAAGACAUCUCAACAAGACUCACAAACCCAAGAUGAAGGCUGAUGAAAGGCUGACCACUUCAAGAGGUUCAGAUAUGCGUGUGAGGUGUAACUGUAAGGGAAGCAGCUCAAGUAUGAUCGGGGGUAGCGGCGCGGGCUGGGAGGGGACGGCUAUUCUCCACCAUGGCAGCUAUAUCAAGGUGGGCUGUCUACAGUUUGUGUUCAGCAUCGUCGAUCACGCCACCACCCAGCCACUUCAUGGGAUCAAGAGGGAGUCCAUGUCAUUACUGAAAUCUCAUCUUAAAGGCGCUCCACCUUAACGUUUAUUGUGGGCAUAUAAGUUUUGUUGUUAACCUAGGAAUUACUUGUUAGUUAAUUACGUUUUAAAGAAUAUAUUGGUUAUUAAAUGAUUUCUUCUUGUUGAAGGGUCAUUCUGAUUAAAGACUUGAUCUAAAAUGACUUUAAAGUGAAAUGUUAAAAAAUUGUAAUGAAAUAAAUAAUACGACCAUUUGAACUACUUAACAUAUUUAAUAACUUUCACUGCGUAUUUCAAUGUUGCAAUAACAGAUUAUUCUUGGUUUCAUGAUUGUUUGUUACUUCUUUAGGUUUAAAAAUAUUUUUUACUACUUAUUUUGUUUAACGAUAUUUUUAACGGUUUUAAAUCCUGCAAUACAAAUUUGGUAAUAGGUACUCUGGCAUUGUAAUGAUUAUAGAGUGUGUAUGUAAUUGUACAAUAGUGCCAAUCGUUCAAUAGUGCUAUUUGCUGAUACCAUCUGAUGUUAAGUGUUGCUGUUUUGUUCCUACUACAAAUACUGUUCCCAAAUGACCAUGUGAUCAUAGUUUCUGUUUAGGGGUAUGACAUUAAAAAUUAUACUCUAGUCAUUGUGUGCGGACUAUUUUUUAUCAGGUAGCGCUUCAUUCAGUUUCAAACCCAAAGCUCAUUAUUCUUCUUGAAUGCAGCAAAAAAUAUUUUGACCAUGUAGAUUAUAACAAGGAAAGAGUUUUAAUAGUAUGUUUCCAGAUAUUCUGUGUAUUUUUAAGUGCAUUUUAUGUAGAUUAAGGGAAAAUGAUCUCAAUUCUUCAUUGAUCAAAUAUCUCAUUGUGUCAGCCCCAUUUGUAAAUUUCAUUUAUUGCUUCAAAUUGCUUGUUACUGAAUGAGUCCAGUUGUUUGAGCAUUGAUAAUGUAAUGUAAAACUCCCAAUUAUUAGGGUAAAAAAAUGUUUCAAGAAAUCAAAGGAUAGCUUCGGUGUCAUCCAAGUGAAUGGUAAACUAAAAAGAAAUUCUUUUCGCACACUCUUUAUCAGUCUUCUACAAAUGAUCCAAGCUUGCAUAUACAUAAAUUCUUGAUAGGAUUGAUGGUACACGGCUGUUUGAUUGUAAUAACCCUGUCAGUAGUCUAAGGAACACGUUGGGAAACUGUGCAAUUUUGCUGCAUGUUAAAUGUCCUAUGUUAAAUGGAUUGAACUUAUGAGACCCUUGUUAAAGGCAUGUUCAUGAUCUAUUCAUGAUGGUUUUACACCACACAUCAGCUUUUAAACAUAUUGGAGAAACAAGUUAUGCAGUUUUAUACACAGUUUGUUAAGUUAGUGCAUAAACAACCAACACAAUGCAACAGCGCAUGCCUUUUGGCUUAUUUUCUCCCCAGAGGUCGAGGAAUUCUCAUAGUCUUGGUGUUUUUGUCAGCUUUGUUUCGUAAACAUAAUCAACAUGGCCAGAACAGUUCUAGAUAUUGAAAUGAAACAUGGUUAACAUGAUGCCAGGGCAAUAUACAGAACCCAUAACUGUGGCUUUUAAGAAUUAAGCCCCUUUAUCCACAGGAAAAAAAUGGAUGAGCAUUUGCGUUUGUUCACAGCGCUUUAGUGGGGAAUAGAGAAAUAGUUAUUACUUCUUGUAGAAGUUGAGAAAUUCACCUUCCUUACACAUUCAGCUGACCAAGUUCCUCCUGAAUAUCACUGAGAAUGUCUAUAGCACUGUUUUACUUUGUUAUUCUGUGUGUUAAAAUGGGCAAGGUUGUGUGCAGUAUUUUAUCCACUUUUAUCUUUUAAACAUAUAUGAACAUUUGAUACAGAAAUUUGUGAUGAAUACAUGGCCAUUUAAUUUAUGCUUUUAAAAAUGUUUUAUUGAGCUUCCUUCACAUAUUUCUUACCAAAGAUCAGACAGGAAUAACGGCUGUUGAGGAAGUGGUUCAUUUGAGUCAGAAGGGCUGAUUGGCCUAUAAGUGAAAGCGAAAAGGUUGUAUCUGCUUCUAUAUUUAAUAUAACUUAGAACCUUUUUGUCUUCACUCCGCAGUAUGCUUAAUGGCCCUUUUUGCCAUCAGCUGAUGCUACUUGGAAAUCAUGGUAGAAAUAAGUGAAGGAAGUGCUCAGCUAUUUAUAUUACGUUAGUUGAUUGUUGCAGUUCACCCAUGGCAGAAAGCAGUAGCUGUGUUAGUGGAGCGCUAUGUGUAGUUUCAUGGUAGCGUAAUGUGCUUUUAUUCUCUGUCAGUCAGACACACACACACACACACUCACACACACUACUACCAAUUACUGGUCGUUUUUAUGAUAUUACCUUAAGUAGGUAGAAAUUAUCACAAUGAAUCAGGUACUUUAUUUGAUUUACCAAACCAUGUUUCAAUCAUGACCAAUCACCACAGUAUACAUGUGUAACAAGUCGAAGAUUGCCUCUCAGGUCUUAUCAUGUGUCCAUACCCCUUGUAAUCUGUUCGUACCAGUAAAACAUUGUAUAUACCAUGAUCACUGUUCCUGUCUUGAUCCAUCAGUGUACAUUUGAAAAGAGUGUACAUGUGUAGACUACAUUUUGUAUUGUAGAUAUUAAAUGAAUUUAUGAGACAAA